AUGUGGUUCUCAGCCCAAGGUCUCCUACAGAAAGAGGAUCCCCAUGUGGUUCUCACCCCGAGAUCUUCCACAGAGAGAGGAUCCCCAUGUGGUUCUCGGCCCAAGGUCUCCCACAGAGAGAAGAUCCCCAUGUGGUUUUCACCCCGAGAUCUCCCACAGAGAGGGGAUCCCCAUGUGGUUCUCGGCCCAAGGUCUCCCACAGAGAAAGUAUCCCCAUGUGGUUCUCAGCCCAAGGUCUCCCACAGAGAGAGGAUCCCCAUGUGGUUCUCAGCCCAAGGUCUCCCACUGAGAGAGGAUCCCCAUGUGGUUCUCACCCCGAGAUCUCCCACAGAGAGAGGAUCCCCAUGUGGUUCAUGGCCCAAGGUCUCCCACAGAGAGGGUAUCCCCAUGUGGUUCUCAGCCCAAGGUAUCCCACAGAGAGAGGAUCCCCAUGUGGUUCUCACCCCAAGGUCUCCCAUAGAGAGAGGAUCCCCAUGUGGUUCUCACCCCAAGGUCUCCCAAAGAGAGAGGAUCUCCAUGUGGUUCUCGGCCAAAGGUCUCCCACAGAGAGGGGAUCCCCAUGUGGUUCUCACCCCAAGGUCUCCCACACAGAGAGAGAGGAUCCCCAUGUGGUUCUCGGCCCAAGGUCUCCCAAAGAGAGAGGAUCCCCAUGUGGUUCUCGGCCCGAGAUCUCCCACAGAGAAAGGAUCCCCAUGUGGUUCUCAGCCCAAGGUCUCCCACAGAGAGGGGAACCCCAUGUGGUUCUCACCCCAAGGUCUCCCACGCAGAGAGAGAGGAUCCCCAUGUGGUUCUCGGCCCAAGGUCUCCCAUAGAGAGAGGAUCCCCAUGUGGUUCUCACCCCAAGGUCUCCCAAAGAGAGAGGAUCUCCAUGUGGUUCUCGGCCAAAGGUCUCCCACAGAGAGGGGAUCCCCAUGUGGUUCUCACCCCAAGGUCUCCCAUAGAGAGAGGAUCCCCAUGUGGUUCUCACCCCAAGGUCUCCCAAAGAGAGAGGAUCUCCAUGUGGUUCUCGGCCAAAGGUCUCCCACAGAGAGGGGAUCCCCAUGUGGUUCUCACCCCAAGGUCUCCCACACAGAGAGAGAGGAUCCCCAUGUGGUUCUCGGCCCAAGGUCUCCCAAAGAGAGAGGAUCCCCAUGUGGUUCUCGGCCCGAGAUCUCCCACAGAGAAAGGAUCCCCAUGUGGUUCUCAGCCCAAGGUCUCCCACAGAGAGGGGAACCCCAUGUGGUUCUCACCCCAAGGUCUCCCACGCAGAGAGAGAGGAUCCCCAUGUGGUUCUCGGCCCAAGGUCUCCCACAGAGAGAGAGGAUCCCCAUGUGGUUUUCACCCCGAGAUCUCCCACAGAGAGGGGAUCCCCAUGUGGUUCUCAGCCCAAGGUCUCCCACAGAGAAAGGAUCCCUAUGUGGUUCUCAGCCCAAGGUCUCCCACUGA